AUGGAGAUAUAUAAGUAUGCAAAAGAGCUUGGCUACCAUGACCAAGUAGUUGUGACAGGGAUACAAAAUGGUAAAAAAGUGUGUAUAGAUAGUGAUGCUCAGCUACUUGAAUGGUCUCAUUUGGUGCCUCAUAGCUUUGAAAGAGUGAUUGUAAUUUACUUGGAACACCCCACUAUUAUUAGUGUGGAUGAAACUGCAGUGGCUUGGAGGGAGAAGGGUCUUAUUGCAAGAAACCUAACUGCUGAAUUUGAACAUGAAGAUAAGAGUGAAGAACAGUCUGGUUAUGAGGGUAUGUAUGAGGAGGAUAAGGAUGAUGAAGAGGUUGUUGAAGAGGCUAUAAAUGUGGAGGAUGAGGGUGAUGAAGAGGUUAUAUAUGAAGAGGUUGAGAAUGACAAAAGGGCUGAAAAUGAGAAUGAAGACAGUGAAGAACAUGAGGAAGACCCUGAAUUUUAUGACAGUGCUUAUGAGCAAAGUGAAGAUGAACAAUGCUUGCUGGAAAAUGAUGAUAAAACAUUUGACAACUAUGUUGACCACAAUGCUACAGAUAUUGAUCUGCAGAUGAAUGAGAGAAGUCGGAUGAUAUGGUUGUAA